GCUUUAUUUCGUUGCGGACCACACACUUUGUUCCUUCGAGCGCGAAUAGUUUUCAAUCAGUUUUAUAUUUUGGUACUCCCUGUGACAGACGUUUGGAGCUUGCGUUCUUGUGUAAUUCAGCUCGUCAUGUCGGACACUUGGAGCAACAUCCAGGCGCACAAGAAGCAGCUGGACUCUCUGCGGGAGAGGCUGCAGCGGCGGCGGAAAGACCCGGCGCAGCUGUCCGCCGCGGAUGUUGGGAGCAGCAGUGAAGGUUCAGCAGCCAGGAGUGACAGUCCAGCUCCUUCAGUCCUGCCCACGUCUCAGGAGGAGACUCAAAAACCGCCAGACCCUGAACUAGAGAAAAGCCUGCUGGGAUAUCUGUCUGAUCUGAGUCUGUCGCUGCCGACCGACUCUCUGGCCAUCACCAACGAGCUCAGCCGUUCUGAAGGAACUGUCAGUCAUGGAUGCAUCCAGAGCCUGCUGCUUAAAUUCUCAGCUCAGGAGCUCAUCGAGGUUCGACAGCAUUCCUCUGCGUCUUCAUCUUCUACAGCCUCCUCCACGGUCGUGGUAGCCGUGGACCACACGAAACUCUGGGCCAUGAUCGGCUCUGGGGCUGGAGCCCAGAGGACCGGAGUGAAGAGGAAAGCYGAGGAGCAGAGCGUCAGCAAAAGAGCCGGCGGCUUCUCGCCCUCGCUCCCGAGCGCUGCUUCUCCGCCACACUCCUCCUCGUCCUCCUCCUCCCUGACUCCGGCCUCUUCGUCUCAGCUCACGUCUUCCUCUGCGGGGAGCGCAGCCGAGAAGAAAGGGAGAACCAGCAAAAACCAGUCGUCCCACCUGGACAUGGAGAUCGAAAACCUCCUGAACCAGCAGUCCACCAAGGAGCAGCAGAGCAAAAAGAUGAGUCAGGAGAUUCUGGAGCUGCUCAACGCCAGCACGGCCAAGGAGCAGUCCAUCGUGGAGAAGUUCCGCUCCCGUGGCCGGGCGCAGGUCCAGGAGUUCUGCGAUCACGGGACCAAAGAGGACUGUGUCCGCUCUGGAGACGCUCCUCAGCCGUGCACCAAGCUGCACUUUAGACGWAUCAUCAACAAGCACACAGACGAGAGCCUGGGAGACUGCUCCUUCCUCAACACCUGCUUCCACAUGGACACCUGUAAGUACGUGCACUACGAGAUCGACAGCCCCCCAGAGGCCGAGGGCGGCCUGCUGGGACCGCAGGCGGGGACCACCGAGCUCGGGCUCCACGCCGAGGACACGGACAGCAACGUGGGCAAACUCUUCCCCUCACAGUGGAUCUGCUGCGACAUCCGCUACCUGGACGUGUCCAUCCUGGGUAAGUUUGCCGUGGUGAUGGCCGACCCGCCGUGGGAUAUUCACAUGGAGCUGCCGUACGGUACUCUGACGGACGACGAGAUGAGAAAACUCAGCAUCCCCGCCCUGCAGGACGAUGGUUUCCUCUUCCUCUGGGUGACAGGAAGCUAUGAUCGUGUUGAUGAAAUCAUCUGGGUGAAAACCAACCAGCUUCAGAGGAUCAUCCGGACCGGCAGGACCGGUCACUGGCUGAACCACGGGAAGGAGCACUGUCUGGUGGGCGUWAAGGGAAACACUCAGGGCUUCAACAGAGGUCUGGACUGCGACGUCAUCGUGGCUGAAGUCCGCUCCACCAGUCACAAACCAGACGAGAUCUACGGCAUGAUCGAGCGGCUCUCGCCCGGCACCAGGAAGAUCGAGCUGUUCGGACGACCCCACAACGUCCAGCCCAACUGGAUAACUCUGGGCAACCAGCUGGAUGGGAUUCACCUCCUGGACCCUGAGGUUGUGGCGCGGUUUAAAGACCGAUAUCCAGACGGAGUUAUCUCCAAACCUUAAGACGCACAGUGAUGACAUCACACGCCUGGAGUUUGUUUUUUUGGACUGCUUUUGUACCUGUGAAUAUUUUGUAAUAAAUAUUUUGAAUUAGA